AUGGUAUGGCUUACUAUGUGUGCAUAUUUCCACUUGCACUGUUAGAUGACCGCUCUCAGGAAGGAGAGCCUUGUAUAAUGGGAAAAGAUGUACUGAUCACUCUUUUCCCAUCAUCAUCAUCAUCCUCUCAAAGGCUACAUUUGCUCUAUACCUUGAAAGCACUAUGACACCAGUUAAACAUUCAUGUCUUCCCCCCAAAGCAUUCUGGGAACUGUGGCUUCUUAAUGGUGUUGAUAGUUGUUAGGAAACCCCUAUUCCCCUCAAAGAGCUACGAUUUCCAGAAUUCACUGGGUAAAGGGAGUGAUUGUUAAACCCCUCUAGGAAUUGUAGCUUUGUGAGGGAAAUAGGGUUCUCCUAUCAACUUAGCAUCCUUAACUUCCCAAGAUGCUUAAAGCAGCAUGAUACCAUACCCUCCAACAUUUCUCCAAUGAAAAUAGGGACGUCCCAUUCCACAGUGGUAAUUUUACUAUUUAUACCCCACACAUCUUACUAGGUUGCCCCAGCCAUUCUGGGUAGCUUCUAACAUAUAAAAAAACAUAAUAAAACAUUAAACUUUUUUUUAAAAAAAGCUUCCCUAUACUGGAUUGCCUAUGGCUCGGGGACUGGAUAACUCCAUACCCUCCAACAUUUCUCCAAUGAAAAUAGGGACAUCCUAAGGAAAAGUAGGACAUUCCUGGAUCAAAUCAGUAACUGGGAUGGCUUAUCUGAAACAGGGUUGUCCCUGGAAAAUAGGGACACUUGGAAGGUCUGUGAUACUGCUUUAGAUGUAAAGUUCAGAUGGGGUCUGAGUUGCCUAAAAGGAAGGUUUCUGCAUAGCUACACUUUACAGGAAACUUCGCUCUACAUAUGCUUGCCUCACUAACAGGAUAUACUACACUGCAACCUAUAUCAGAUUUAUACUAAAGUAACAAGCUUCUAUUUCCCCAAAGAAUCUUGGGAACUGUAGUUUGGUGAGACAGCACUAACAACUCUGUCAAAUAACCUAUUCUCCCUCAGGACUAUUCCCAGGAUUCCCUGGGAAGAGGAAAUGUCUGUUGAACCAUUUUAAAGCUGAAAUCUUACAUUUGCUAACCUAGGAGUAAACCCCAUUGAACUCAGAGGGAUCUCCUUCCAAGUAAACAUAUUUAUGACUGCGUUGUGCAUCUGCGAGCUUAGAACUGCUGCAUCAGCCCUCCCAACCUGUGGCUCUGCAGCGUGUUGCUGGACUCCAACUCCCAUCAGCCCCAGCCAGCAUGACCAAUGGUCAGGAGAGAUGGGAGUAGUAGUCCAAUAACAUCUGGAGGGCCACAGGUUCCCUAUCCCUGAUGUAAACAAAAUGCUGAUUCCCAGGGAAACUUGAGGGGAUGGGGAAUGGUAGAAAGGGGGAAGAAAGUGGAAUUAUACUUCAAAUAAGCUUUUUAAAUACAGUAAUGGAAAAUAAGCAGUUCUAACAUAGCAUUGGCCUGGCAGUUUAAAAGAACUAGAAAAAGAAAUGCAAAAAUUUAUUCAUCUCUAUCAUCUCCAACAAGUGUAAUCUACCAAGUGCAACGUAUGAACCCAACACGGUGACUUGGUGCGAUACAGGAAAUUGCAUCUUCCUGUCACAUGGGCUUGCCACUAGCAUCUCCACAGAUAAGCAAGCAAAAACCCACAGCUAGGAUGAAGACACUGUACUUCUGUUUGGUUCUCUAAUCCACAGGAGAGCUGUAUCGCCAGAACUGUACUUCAGGUUGACUGGAUUUGGUGUGGUGCUGUAGUGGUGAUACAUGAUAAGAAGCUAAAAGGACAAGGGGUGAGUUGCUUCCUUUUUCAGAGGCCGCAUGCAACACCAUACAUUUAAAGCACAUUUAAAGCACAUGACUUGCCCCAAAGCAUCCUGGGAAUGGUAUGGUGGAAACUGUAGCUUGUAAAGGGGUGUUGAGAAUUGCAGCUCUAUGAAGGGUGAACUAUAGUUCCCAGGAUUUUGGGGGGGAAGUCUUGCGCUUGUGUAUGGUGUGUAUACAUGCAAGGGUACAAAGUGAAUGUGUAGCCUUUAUUUCAGCAGGAAUAGCACAGGCAGGGGUGAACAGUUGUUCUUCUGUGCCCAACUGACCCACAUAGAUGUGUGAAAAUCCUGUGAGAGGGAACAACCACCUAGGGAAAGAACAGAAAGUAAAAUUAAGUGCCAGUGAUACUGUUUUCUCUCUCUUCCAUUUCCUCUCAGUGGUGGUGACUCAGCAGACAGCUGACCUGAGGACUGGGGCUGUCUGUGUAAACUGGAACGUGAACAGAACUGCACCCAAUAGCUUCAAAUUGGCUCUAACUUGUGUGCAUUGUUUAUCACAACACAGGAUUAGGAUAACAGUAAACUGAAGUAAACAGUAAACAGUAAACGACCUUGGCCCAGUAUACCUGAAGGAGUGUCUCCACCCCCCACUGCCCGGACGCUGAGGUCCAGCGCCGAGGGCCUUCUGGCGGUUCCCUCAUUGCGAGAAGUGAGGUUACAGGGAACCAGGCAGAGGGCCUUCUCAGUAGUGGCGCCCGCCCUGUGGAACGCCCUCCCAUCAGAUGUCAAAGCGAUAAAUAACUACCUGACAUUCAGAAGACAUCUUAAGGCAGCCCUGUUCAGGGAAGUUUUUAAUGUAUGAUAUUUUAGUGUAUUUUUGGUUUCUAUGGAAGCCGCCCAGAGUGGCUGGGGAAACCCAGCCAGAUGGGCGGGGUAUAAAUAAUAAAUUAUUAUUAUUAUUAUUAUUAUUAUUAUUAAUGCUGCCUUUCUAGAGUUGAACUCUAGGAAAGAGGCAUCAAUAUCUCUUAAAAACAAUAUUAACUUAGCAUGUUGUACCCCGCCAUACUAAAAUUUGCCCCAUCUUUUUUUUAAAAAUGGGCUGUGAUAUGUUUUUAGGAGGCUGUUCAAGAUUCUGUGGUUGUUUAUUUAAAUGCUUCACCACAAUAUGCACCUUUAAAUGUGAAACAGUCAUUUUAUCAUUUUACUGGCAGAUGUUGAAAUCCUAAUUUACUUUAGCUAUCUUCCCAAUUUCCAGUCAAACAUGAAGCGGAACAAAUUAGAAUUUAGGCUGUGGUUGCGGCCUAAAAGGCAGUCAUGGUACAUUAGGAGUGUUGUGUGGUAUUUUUUUGUGGUCUGCAGUUAACAGAUACAUUCAAAUUAUAAUGGAGGUAUCAGGUAUUCAGGCUGAGGGAUAAUUUUUUAGUUCAGACCUGAGGGCUAAAUUCAGCCUUCCAGGCCUCUCUUUAUGGCCCCUGGUAUUCUUCCUAGGCCAUAUUCUUCACCAACCCUGCUCUGCACCCCCCUAGGGUUUUUGCAUGGCUCGGAAAGUGUCCUUGAAUAGAGAAAAUAUUGUUUGUUUGCCUGGAUAGAGAGAUGUGCAUCUGUAUGUAGAAGCCUUUGAGUUUUGUGUGGCUGGAAUGCAGCCUACUAUAUAAAGGCAAAGCUGUGUGCACAUUACCAUUUACUCUGGCACUGGUGCGCUUCCACCGCUGGUGUUUGAAGCCGUCCAUGUACAGAUGUUGGCCACAAUCGACAUCUAUCCUGUAGUUCAGGCAUAGGCAAACUCAGCCCUCCAGAUGUUUUUAGAUUACAAUUCCCAUCAUCCCUGACCACUGGUCCUGUUAGCUAGGCAUGAUGGGAGUUGUAGUCCCAAAACAUCUGGAGGGCCGAGUUUACCUAUGCCUACUGUAGUUUCUUGAGAAAUAUUGCUGUUGGAUGCAUUUCCCCUCAAACCAGCUUCUAUCUGAUUUGAAAACGUAAGCCACAUUCUCAACAAAUUGUAUUCAUUUGGUUAUAAUUUGUUUUAAAAUUAUGGAAAAUCAAUAAAAUAAUUUGGCAAAAAGAGAGAGAGAAAACGUAAGCCACAUUCACUUCACAGUUGAGCUGAGGUGAGUGCAUUUAAGACUUCCACUGCGCAUGCACAGAUGACAGCUUCAUGAAUAGGAGUUUGGGGUGGUGGUAGCUGCGGUCACAAGGGAAACAAAUAAAGUAAUGUUCUGUGGGUGAAGACAUGCCCGCUCCCUCUCUGGUGUGCAAAUGUGACUUAAAAUGCAGCAAGGGGGAAACGAUCUCACUGCUUUAUAAGCCUCUGAUUUGUACAUAGCCCAAGAGUCACAUCUACUUUUGCCUCUGGCCCUGCUCACCUUCCGUCCUCCAGAGGGUUCUGACCUCAGGCUGAAAAAGGUGUCCCACAUCUGGUUUAUUCUGUGCCCAGAUCCUCACACCUUAACACAUGCACACUUGUUGUUUCAGGGAUCUCAAGUGAUGGAUGGCACCCUGGUCCUGAGGCACAGACUUGCCCAGCACGAUGCUCUCUCUGAUUCCAGCACAGAAGACUCCUUGGAGGAGCUGGGUAGUCAGGAGUUGCUGCUCAGGGACUUGCCCUGCUCCAUGAAGGAGAAGCGCCUCCUCAGGUCUGGAGCAAGGUCACAUGGGAAAACAUAUUUAGUAUGUAAUUGAUUGUAAUUGUGCAGACUGGUUGCUAAAACCACGCAGUACUUGGCAAGAAAAGGCACACAAUUUUUGUUCCCCCUUCCCUUCCUUCCCACAACAGAGCUGGUUUGUUUCUACUUUAGAUAGAUUGCUUUAACCCAACCAAGUGGUGUAAAAACCUGUGGAUUUUUGGUGGCCAACUAUACAAAGGGAAGAGUCACAGUCAUUGUUCCACUCACAGUUGCCCUUGGCCCUGCAUACCAGCCCUGGGAUGCCACUGCACAGAAGAUUGCACAUACAGGAAUGUAGCCCCCCUGAACUGAAAAAGCUCCCCCAUCCCACUGUAGCAGGUUCUGAUAUGGCACAGAAGCAUCAAAGAAAUACAGGUAAUAAAAUAAAGGAUUAGUGGGGCUUGGCAGCGCAGAGGAACCUGCUGACUAAAAAUAGAAGAGUAUCAAAAGGGAGGCUUUGUCCCGGCGUGAGGCAGGUAAGUGCAGAUAUUCAACCGGAAGAUGGGGUGGGACGUGUGGUCCUCUCCUAACCUCAUCUCUCAAAGCUUCACUGAUUCAUAAGGCCCAUUCUAAACUCAACCCAUUCUCCCUUGCACAGGCAGCUGAGAGCAUCCACAGGGAGAGAUGUGUCCUGCUGGGUGGUCUGGAGACAGAGACAAUCCAGGGCCCAGAAGCAGUUUCAAGAAGGAAUCUGGAACCUUGUCAGGAUCUUCCAGCUCUGGAAGCCUCCCCUGGAUGAGAUUGGAGGUAACAGUAGGAAAUGGUUUUUCACCUUUAAAAGUUUGUCUACCCAAGGAAUGUCACUGGCGUAUCAGUUUGGUCCAGUGGCAGCAAACAAGGUGGGCUACUUCUAAAGGGAAAAUGGGUGGAAUCAGAGGCAGAUUUAGAUGAGCACAACUGGUUCAGCCACACUAGGUGCAGAACCUCAGGGGCAACGCAGGGGACACUGCAAUUAUGCUUUAGAAUGGAGUGCAAAAGGCUGGGGGUGCCAAAUUUUGGCAUUGCACAGGGCACCCCUGGUAUUUGAAACCCAGGGUCCACCCCUUGCAGGACGUCAGAUCAACAGCUGCACUUGAAGAAAAUAUAAAGUUCUCUCUGUGUUGAGAAGGGACUUGGUAUUAUAAAUGGCAGGGGCUGCUGGUUAUAUAUACUAAAUACAACAACUGAACUACUGAUAACCUAUCUCUAACUGGUGUGAGGCAAGGGAGACCUCUGCAGGCUGGUUGACCACAUGGUUUGUGGAGAACACAAAUAAAUCUUGCUUUCCUCUAGUGGAGGGUAACCACGGAGUUGUGGAUUUGUUGUGUACAUUAGGAAGGGGAGGCAGUUUGCAGUUCUUUCUCCUAAAGAAACUACCCACUUUGGUUAUUAUCCUCUUUGAUAUGUGUGAACAGUUUCAAAAUGCAAGAUAACCUCUGCUUGACUGGCACUGAAGUAGACACAGCAGGCGGAAUCCCCUGUCAGACCAGAUAGGAACCAGCCACAGUUAGCAAUACUACAUGUGAAUGAAGAAAGGGCUGUGGAUCUGGGACAGAAAUUAUUGUGUGUGUCACUUUCAUCCUCCCCAUCCCCUCUGAUGCCUGUCUGCUUGCCUUCCUGUGUUUCCCACUUUUGCUAUCCUCUUCAACAUACUGUACAGGGAACUUUGGUCCUGGCAUCCAGUCCUACUUUACCUUCCUGAGGUUCCUGCUCUUCAUCAACUUCCUGGCUGUGUUGCUGGCCACAGGCUUCAUACUGUUGCCUGUUAUCAUUUCUCAAAAUACGACGAUAUUUCCUACAGGUCUGAGUGCAGGUGAGUCUCUGCUGGUACUUCCAAGAGCAUUUGUGCUUUCCCCAACAUCCCAUCUGGAUUAGAUCCUGUACUGACAUCUAAGUGUCAGAGUGUCUAGUGCUAUAAAGCUACCCAGUCUUUUCCCCCAGAUCCUGAAUGCAUAAAGUACAGCAGUAACGUCAGUUAUCGAUCUGCCUGGCAACGAUUCCAAGAUAUCUUCACCGGGGAGGUGAGUCUGCUGGAAAUAGAGACUGGAGUUUACUGUGCUGGAGAGGAGAGGCUGAUGGAGGGGCAAAUGCUGCCUAAGCAAGUGGUUAUAGAUGGAGUGAAGAAGAAUGGACAAAAAUGGAGCAGUUGGGAAGACAAAUAUAGCUUGGAGUUGAGCAGGAAGGACAAUGUUGGAUUAAUGGGUGAUGGUUCUUAUCCAAACUUUGUACUCACUGCCUUCUAUGAUUCAGACUUAGAAAGUCCUUAGAAAAGUAUUAUGGCAGUGGACAGGAAGCAGUGGCCCUCCACUGUUGUUGGGCAGUGACUCCAAGAGGCCCAGCCAGCAUGGUCAAUCAGUGGUUAGAGGUAAGAGGAGUUGGAGUCCUGCAAACAUCUGAAGGACCCACAGGUCCCAUGCUCCUCUGUUAUGAGUUGGGUUAAUCUGCAAGCAUAAAGCUGGCUUGUAAUUUCCUCUUAUGUUCCAUCCUUAGGGCUCUCUGGAGUAUUCAUACCUGUUUUAUGGUGCUUAUCAUGUGACACAGGAUAGCAAGAACCACUACAAUGUACACUUAGCAUACCUGCUUAGCAUCCUGGGAUACUUCUUUGCCUGCCUCAUUUGGAUCCUCCGGCGGUAAGGGCCCUGAUGAUGGCUGAGACCCAGGCCUUUCUAGGCUUGACAGCAGGGGUUUGGAAAAGGGAGCAGGAGAGAAGCAAGGAAUUGCAGGGCAAGGGAGUGGAUUCAUGAAUAGGGAUUUACAUACACCAUGGCUUAUGUUGACCCACUUAAAAUGCUGACUCUUUCCUUGUAGUAAUUCAGUAGGUUGUUGUUGUUGUUUAGUUGUUUAGUCGUGUCCGACUCUUCGUGACCCCAUGGACCAGAGCACGCCAGGCACUCCUGUCUUCCACUGCCUCCCGCAGUUUGGUCAAACUCAUGCUGGUAGCUUCGAGAACACUGUCCAACCAUCUCGUCCUCUGUCGUCCCCUUCUCCUUGUGCCCUCCAUCUUUCCCAACAUCAGGGUCUUUUCCAGGGAGUCUUCUCUUCUCAUGAGGUGGCCAAAGUAUUGGAGCCUCAGCUUCACGAUCUGUCCUUCCAGUGAACACCCAGGGCUGAUUUCAUUCAGAAAUGAAUUCAGUAGGUUAUAUACUCCCAUAUCUCACAUACAGUCAGAAUAAUAUUUCUCUAACCCAAGGAUGGGGAGCCUGUGGUCCUCCAAGUGUUACUGAACUUCAUUGUCCCCAUUGGAAGCUGUAAUUCAGCAACAUCUGGAGGGUUGCAAGUUCCCCAACUUCUGCUCUAACCUAUUCCUGGCAUGUUCAAAUUCCCUGGGAAUGGAAAUUAUACACUUUCUGUUGGGAGCAUAUCCCCGUGCCCAAUUGGGCAAAAAUCUAUUCUUCUUCCUUCUUCACUCCCUACCUUUUCUCCAAUAAGUCUAGCAUUUAUUCAUGUUACAACAACAUUCUGUGUGUUGAGAUCCUGCCAUAGUACAUCAGCUCAGUCUUCUUGAGACUCUGCAUCCCUAACUCAUUCCCAUCGAAUUUUCCUACUGUUCCCAGAAAACAUUCCUACUCUGAAGCAUCACUAGGUAAUCCUCCUCCAGUGGACCAAGCUAAUGUUCCUAAACUGUUGCAUCUUUUCUGCCUUCAUCACCCCCUGCAACUGUUUUGCACACUUUCACAUCAUACCAUAUAUCCCUGUGCAGACUUGCAAUCUCCUUCUUUCUAGAAACUGGGUAUUACUCCCAUGUUGAUUCACAUAUCUUGGGCUGGACCCGCUGCAGUGACACAGUGGAACUUCUUAUGCAACACACUGAGUUCUAUAUACUGCUCAGGGCAAAGGAAUUAAUUUGCUAGGAGAAAAGUCUUGCUUGCCUGUGACAAUCUUCACUCCUAUUCCAAUAUUCAGGAUUGUAGCCAGCAUGGCCCGGUGGCAGAUGCUGCGGUGGGAAUUCAAACCAUGUGUCAGUGCCAGGAUCUUCACAGAGUGGGAUUUCUGCAUCCAAAGCCCAGAGGCAGCCACCCUCAAACAGAGGAAUAUUUACAAUCACCUAAAGGUACAUGAAAAUUGCCUAUAGGGUUUCAUGAUAAUUUGCUCAUGUCCUCAAAAGUCCCACCGCUUUCACUACAUCAUCCUUUCAAGUAUGUAUACACAUCCAUUCAUUUAAAAAAUAUUUUUGGACGAAACCUCAGCCAUUGCCUAAAUUUGGCUGAACUGAAAAAGCAAACAAACCAGGGUUGAAUCCAAUGUUGCACAAGCGGCGUUCUGCUUGCAUAAUGAGGCUUCCUUUUCUUGUCCUCCCACUGUGUACCCCCCCCCCCCAAAUCUGCUCUGGAAGGUCUCCCAACCCUCUGGAGCUGAUUUUGAGGGGAGAGGAAGUUCUGUUGCAUGCAUAGAAGUCUAUUGCACAAGUGGAGCUACAGAAUUUGAUACAAGCGCCAUUAUUUUCUUUUCUUCAGGCCCUGUGUCACUUCCUUGCUUAUUUCACUUGCAAGUCAGGCAGCAGCAGUUAACAAUACCUGUCUUGGGUGAAAGCAAAGAGAACAAGCAUUGUAGGUGUUAUGUAUUGAAGUUCUCAACCUGGCCACCAGGGGUAUUGUGUACAGUACAGUGGUACCUCAGGUUACAUACGCUUCAGGUUACAGUCUCCGCUAACCCAGAAAUAGUACCUCGGGUUAAGAACUUUGCUUCAGGAUGAGCACAGAAAUCGUGCUCCGGCGGCAGCGGGAGGCCCCAUUAGCUAAAGUGGUGCUUCAGGUUAAGAUCAGUUUCAGGUUAAGAACGGACCUCCGGGAUGAAUUAAGUACUUAACCCGAGGUAACACUGUAUAUAGUUUUCACUCAGGUCCACGUCAGUUAAUUUAGGCGGGAAACCUUGGGCUGUUAUUGUUACAAUGUUGACAGCCGGCUGCCUAUAAAAGCAGGCUGGCUGAGCUUUUUCAGUUCAGUUCCAGCUUACUAUAAAGAACUACUUGGAGACAUCUCUGUGUCGUCUGAUAUGUCCACCCACUAUUUAAUAGUAGGGGCAACAAGCAAAGGGAAACAGGAAUCAUACCCUUUAAUUCCUGUUCCCACCUCAAAGGACAUUUCCCAAGGCAACAAGGGAUUGCUUUGCUUUGUUUCAGUCAUUCUUUCUAGCCUCAGAUUAUUAUGUCUCUUCUGUACUCAAGGUGUUAUGGCUUUCCUGGGCCGUGCAUGCCUACUAGAUUGGCUGGGUCUUCCCUCUCCUUUGCAUGCUGAAGCCUGGAAGCAAACCUCUCCUCUGCAUGCUCAACUGCACAAAUAGCAAGUGACCAACUUGGUUUCUCUUCACAGAUAGACCUAGCGGAGCAGAUCCGGCAUCUGCAGAACCAACAGCGCACACGGAAGCAGCUUGUUAAGCUCUACCUGCUACGCCUGCUGAUCAAUGGUGUCAUCUUGCUGCUGACAGGGGCUGCUUUCUACUGUAUCUACGCAGCCACUGAGUUUUCCCAGGGGCACAGUCAAGUAGGACAACCCUUCAUCCCUUGCCAGGGUUAGAAUGGGGCUGUGGGUGGCUGUACCUCAAUCCAGAACUCAGCUGUGUGCUCUUGGAGAACGGCUGCUGCAGCUGGACCAGGAAUCUGGGCUAGGCUAGGCUUAGGGAUUAAGCCUGACAUGCAGUAAACAGAAGGUACUGCUCUGAAAAUUCAGUAAGUUUGGUGGUCCUGACUUUUUGCACUGUGUUUUGGUACUGAGUGGUCAGGAAAUAUUCCUCUGUGUUUUGAUUCUAGGCACAAAUGUGCCUCCCCAUAACAAAUCCAUCUCUGUACUCCCAGAAAAAUGCUGCCAGCCUUGAUGUACUGAGCCAGUACCUGCCACCAGUGGUCAUCUCCAUAGUGAAUGUCAUCCUGCCUUUACUUUUUCAUGUCUUGACCCAGUUGGAAGGCUAUUCUCCUAAUACUGAAGUCAACCUCACCCUAGUCAGGUAGGUGUUUUCAUCUUGGUGGGGAACCUGGGGCAGAUAUAUUUCCUGUGGUAUAAGGAGUUUGCAGGCCUUAAAUUACUUUGAGCAGCAAGCAGAGUUUUUUAUGCUUUGUUUUAGUUUUGCUAUUCUCUCUUUCUAAGUUGGGAAGCACUAGUUGCUCCAGUCGGUCAUCAAGCCCAAUAUCCUUUAUUGUAAAUAUGGCAGUGAAAGUAUGAGGGAAGAAGCAGAACAAUCAAGAAGGGAUUGAUACCCCUUACAAUGGCACAAUGAUUCAAGGGGGCAAACGGGAAUGCAGUAAAAUCAAUACUUCCCGAGACAGGCGGAUGCCGACAGCAACAAUAUAUACUUUUAAAAUGUGUAUUUUAUCGAUUCCCAUUGACAAAUAGUAAACACAAAGAAAACUUGAGGAAUGCAGUUCAAAAAAGAUUAUUAUAUUUUCAGGGGAAAUGCUGUCAUGUAAUGUAUGUGUUUAUGAACAUCAUCAAUGCAUUUCUAAUAUACCUUAGUUCUUUUACUGUCAAAAUUCCCCACUCCUUUGUCUUCCUAAAAUAAUAGGAUAGUGGUCGACUAAAUUGUGCUCAGAGUGAACCCUUUGAAAUAAAUGGCUCAUUUAUUUAAAUAGAUAUACACUGAGUAAAACUUUUUUUUUUAUAAGAUAUUUAUUAGGUUUUUUGAAAUAUUACAGUAAAGAUGAAAAAGAAAAGAGAAAAAUACAAAAUAAAAACAGUUAAAAACACACAUAUUUCCAGUUACUUAUUUUCCUUUAGCUUGUUUCCCGGACCUCCUCGUACCUCCCUUUUUUGUAUUCCACUUCAAUUUAUUGGUUCAGCAAAUCCUUACCAUUAGAUUUUAACCCAUUUAUAACCAUUUUUCAUAUUCUCUUAAAGCAUUACAGCUAGAAACCACUUAAUUACUAUCCAACAUCAUUCUAUCAUUCAUUAAUUUUACAAUAUUUCUGUAAAUAGUCUUUAAAUUUCUUCCAAUCUUCUUCCACCGACUCUUCUCCCUGGUCUCGGAUUCUGCCAGUCAUUUCUGCCAAUUCCAUAUAGUCCAUCACCUUCAUCUGCCAUUCUUCCAAAGUGGGUAGAUCUUGUGUCUUCCAAUACUUUGCAAUAAGUAUUCUUGCUGCUGUUGUAGCAUACAUAAAAAAAAGUUCUGUCCUUCUUUGACACCAAUUGGCCGACAAUGCCCAGAAGAAAGGCCUCUGGUUUCUUCAAGAAGGUAUAUUUAAAUACCUUUUUCAGUUCAUUAUAUAUCAUUUCCCAGAAAGCCUUAAUCCUUGGGCACGUCCACCAAAGGUGAAAGAAUGUACCUUCAGUUUCUUUACAUUUCCAGCAUUUAUUAUCGGGCAAAUGAUAGAUUUUUGCAAGCUUGACUGGGGUCAUGUACCACCUGUAUAUCAUUUUCAUAAUAGUCUCUCUUAAGGCAUUACAUGCCGUAAACUUCAUACCUGUGGUCCAUAACUGUUCCCAGUCAGCAAACAUAAUAUUAUGUCCAACAUCUUGUGCCCAUUUAGUCAUCGCAGAUUUCACCGUUUCAUCCUAAGUAUUCCAUUUCAACAGCAAGUUAUACAUUCUUGACAAAUUUUUAGUUUUGGGUUCUAACAGUUCUGUUUCUAAUUUUGAUUUUUCCACCUGGAAGCCAAUUUUCUUACACUGAGUAAAACUUAGUUGAAUGCCACCCAUAAUAAUUAUGAUUAUAAUGCCAUAACCCAAAGAACAACCAAAUAUCUACAGAUUUAAGAUAUGCAAUGCAGCAGCUGUUCUAAAAAUAUAUUGUGGAAUGUUAAAAAGAUCCAGAUCUUUCAGAAGUUUUGAAGUGCAAAGUGCAUCAGGACCAAACAACUCCCCACUUUAGGGACAGAUGUGUGGGGGAGUGUGUGGUAAGAUGGAUAUUUGGAUCCAUUCAUGGUCAGGUGGUAAUCUGAAGCACUGGCUUAUAUGGUAGGAUUAGUGGGGUGGAAACCAAGUGUAAGGUGCAGGCCCAAUCUCUCUUGUGGUCUCUUGCAGGUGUGUAAUCCUGAAACUGUCCAGCCUGGGAAUGUUCAUGUUCUUCUUGGGACGCAGAGUGCUAUGCAUAGGGAGCGGCAGUGCUCCUCAGUGCCACCAGUGCGGUUACAACAAACUCUAUCAGGUGACAUGGAUGGGAUAUUUCAGCUGGACUUUUCCUGUUUAGAGCAAAUGUGGCCCAGACAUAAUGUGUUCGGGUAUUAAGUUUUCUAAAGCAAGGUAUGAUUAGCCUCCAAGGCAAAGAACUAGUUAGCCUUGACUUGCGGCAGUGACAAAAGUAUACUUCACCUUUAAGCACCCAGCUGCGUAACUUGGUUUUCAAUUUCUAGAAUGGCUCUUCGGCUGUCUAGACAUCUUUGAGUAUUCCUUUUCCUGGUAUUUCUUUUGUCUGCGUGUCAAUGUAUCAUUUUUCACUUAUUUUGUAGAUUCCCACUCCCACCCCCACCCCCCGCCAACGCACACCUUGUUUGAUCCCAAUUCCAGCAAUGAGGAAAGCUUGGUUGAUCAUUAGCAAUUAAAGUCCGCCAGUUUUGGGGGUUAUUAAUGUGUUAGAAAUUUGCAACUUUUACAACAAUUCUCCAUACAUUCUAUUACCUAUAUAACGUUGUAUUGUGCAUGCUUAAUGUGAACUUAGCUUUUUCUUUUUCUUUUUUGCACUUAACACCAUAUACUUACGAUAUACUAUGGUUAUAAUAAUGUGCCUGACAUGUCUAGGAUUCCUUUCCCCCCUUCUCUUUCUUUUUUCCUUCCAUAUACUCAUCAUAAGACAUUAUCUCUCUCCUGAUUGUGCAUGCAGUGCUGGGAAACCCACAUUGGACAAGAGAUGUACAAGAUGACCCUCUUCAGUUUCUUGACCACCUUGGGAUCUGCUUUCCUUAUCAGCCUGCCCCGGAGGUGAGGCAAGAGAUCAUAACUAAUACUAGUGCCCCUACUCUCCUAGUUUCCUUGAUUCUUGGCCUAACCUAGGACUUUUCCAUACUUACCUUUUGCCCACUCUUUCCAGGCACAGGUCUGCACUCUAAAGCUCUGUGUCUGAGCACACCUUUUUUGUUCCAGAGCUUUCCCUGUGAAAUCUUUAAAGCUGUAUCGGAGCAAAUGGCUUUCCAUGGAUUGUCGUGUGCUCCAACUGAGCUUUAAAGAGUGGGUUUUCCUGGGAAAGCUUGAACAAAAAAAGGGGGUGCUUGGAUGCAGAGCUUUAAAGUGCAGACAGUCCCUGGAAAGCGUGGAGGGAAUUUAAGUGUGGUUAAGCCCUCAUUCAGCCUUUUCUUUCCACAAAUGGACAGACCACUCCUUCCUUGGGAAAGUAUUAUGUAUGGCAGGGAUAGCCAACAUUGUUAGACCAUAACUCUCAUUGUCGCUGACCACCGGCUAGAUUGGCUGGAGGUGAUAGGAACUGGAGCCAAAAAACACACAUACCCCAAAGGCACCACAUUGACUACCCCUGAUCUACAGGUAUUUUUAUCUCAUCUUCCUGCCUCCCAGUAGUGAUGCCAGGUGGUCCAGUUGCAGGGUAGCUGUCAUUGGGCAGAUGCAUGCUCUGCAUCCAAAGCAUAUUCAACACACAUGACCUCCCCCAAAGAAUCCUGGGAACUGUACUUUGUUAAGGAUGCUGGAAAUGGUAGCUAUGUGAGGGGGAAGCUUCACUUCUUUGGGCGAAGUCAUAUGCUUUAAAUGUGCGGAUUCGCCCAUUGUAUCAUUGUUGACUGCAGGGUGCUUUUAGUAAGGGAGAAUAAGCAUAUGUGCUCCCUAUGCAAAAGAGGCAGAAUUCAGUAGCAUGAUACCCAGCUGCAGUUAUUGGAAGAGGUUAUGCCCGCGGCCUCUGAAUUAAUUCUCUUUCUCUCUCUCUCUCUCUCUCAGACUGAUUGCUAAGCAUUCCUCCUGUGGACUGGCUCAGUGGCUUGGCAAAGAAGAGUUCCUGGUGCCUCACAAUGUACUGGAUAUUGUAGCAGCUCAAACAGUCAUAUGGAUCGGGAUUUUCUUCUGCCCACUUCUGCCUUUGCUUGCCUGUGUCUUUGUCUUCUUCACAUUCUAUAUAAAAAAGGUCAGUGGCAUGCUGUCAUUGGACCUGGGGGGACUAGGCUAGUCCCCUGGUGCCUCAUUCCCAAAGCCUGGGAAGCUUCUGCCCGGCUUAGAGAAGGAGGCGCGAUGUUCAUGGGCGUGACAUCAGCCCCACCCCCAAUCACCCUUGCAAGCUGGUGUCUCUCGCCCUAACUGUUCCCCUAUGAAAAAAUUCACUGCACGCUAUUGAAAAAGGUAAAGGUUGUGUAUACAUGUAUGUGUGGGUGUUUGAGAGUACACACAAAGAGUACCUAUCAUGCCCAUCAUGAUGUGGGUUGUGGAUCCGGCCCUAUUUUGAGCCCCUCAUCCUCUUGGCUUGUACUGUGCCAGGGAAGAUUGCCAUGAUCCUGGCUAAGGGACUGUGGAGGAGUUUGGGAGUUACAAACUCUCAAACCAGAGAAAUUGCUGGUAGCAACAAGCAACCCACACAGGAAGAGGCGGAGGGUAAGGAACUUGCUUUUCUGAACUCACCUCUCUUGGAGGCAGUCCCACCCAGACUCAGACCUUCACUUUGGUGGUUACUGACCUCAUCCUGCCCACAGCUGUUGCUAGCAUGUAUGCAUUUGAAGCCAUUGAACCUGGCAGGUUGGGUGCAACCUGGCCCUAGGUACUGUGAACACCUGGGCUGCAUAUAAAUCAUAAUUUAAAGCACUCCCACAAAAAAGUAAUCAUGCUGCAUAUAAAUCAUAAUUUAAAGCACCCCCACAAAAAAGUAAUCAUGGUCACUGUCAUUUCUUAAGUGUGCUGGGAAUUGUAGUUGUGUGAGGGGUAAACUGCAGUUCCCAUGAUUCUUCAGGGGGUGUUUCAAUAUACCAUAUUUUUUGCUCUAUAGGACACACUUUUUCCCCUUCAAAAAUGAAGGGGAAAUGUGUGUGCAUCCUAUGGAGCGAAGACGCCAUAGCCCCGCGACCCUCUCCCGGCUGGAGAGGUGACGCACGGCUAUGGCAGGAGCCUCUAUAGCCGCGUGUCACCUCCCCAGCCGGGAGAGCGCGCGCGGGGCUAAAGAAGCCAUAGCCCCGCAACCCUCUCCCGGCUGGAGAGGUGACGCGCGACUAUGGCAGGAGCCUCUCCGCUGCGCCUUUCCGCUGCUCCCUGACCUGCUCUUUGGGGCUGGUGGUGGGCUUCCCCCCGCCAGCCCCAAAGAGCAGUUCGAAGGAACCUGAAGCCUGGAGAGCGAGAGGGGUCGGUGUGCACUGACCCCUCUCGCUCUCCAGGCUUCCAAGGUAGCCGCCUGAACGCACCUUAAACGGUACCUUGUUUUAGAGCGGGAAAACAAGAGGGGGAAAGUUCUCCCCCUCUCUGCGCAGCGCCUCCUGCCGCUUCGCUGAAGGAGCGCUGGGCAGAGAGGUGGAGAAUUUUUUUUUCUUGUUCUCCCCCCUCUAAAACAAAGUGCGUCCUAUUGUCCGGUGCGUCCUAUGGUGCGAAAAAUACGGUAUGUUUGCAGCUCUGAUGUGAAGGCUUUAGCAAUAUAUUUGAAAGUGGUAUUGGAGCUGUUCGCCUUUGGGGACAAGGAGACACAUAUUUCGGGGGGACUGAAGUUGCUGGCUGAAUCCCAGGAAGUAUGGUAUAAAACCACCUGCUUCCUAAUGAAGGCCCUUCACUCUCUCUCUCCCAACCCCACCCCACCCCACCCCAAGGCAGUCAUCCUUCUGCAAAGUCUCGUGGGUUUUAUAUCUCUGGGAAUGUGUGAGGGUUCAGGAGGCAUGCUCACUCUGUCUCUUUUUCUCACCCACAGUACACCUUGUUUCAGAACUGCCAGCCUUCAACUCAGCUGUUUCGAGCAUCCCGUUCUAAAUUCCUCUUCCAGAUCAUGCUACUCUUAGGCCUUUUCCAGGCCUACGUCCCCCUGGGCUAUGUCAUCAGUAGGUGAGUUUAGAGGUGGGGAGCUAAAGGGUUGAGCAUCUUAAGAGCACAGGGGUUGAUGAAGUCUAUAUUCUGACAGUCAUUCUUUUUUCCUCCCAGGGUCUCUCCAUCCCAAGCUUGUGGGCUCUUUACUAAUUAUUCAGCUCCAUGGGAGGCAGUACCUAAGGCUUUGUCCCAUUUACCCAUGUCAACACAACGUACCUUGAGCUAUGUGACAUCCAAUGUCUUUUGUUUCUUACUUCUGAUGAUACUCAGGUGCGUACUUUGGGGGGGGGACAUGGAUGGGGGAAUACCAAAGGAGGGAGGGCUGGCCAUAUGUUGUUGAAUUAUUUGCAAGGCAAGCAACCUCCUUGUUUCUUGGCCUGGACCCUGUUAGAAAAGUGGUGUGUUACCGUCACUGGCCUUACCAGCCACAGAACAGCCUCCAUGGCUCCUUUCAAGCUAAAUCUGACUGUCUGCCUGACCACUCAGGGCCACUUGAGCAAGAGACCUGUCCUCUAUAAACACUACUUCUUAUCUUCUACUGCUUCACCCCAAAAGGAAGGUGGCUCAAGCACACCUCAGUGUUGGGUUAUGAUCACAGUGUGUAAUUUCAAUGGAAACUUUGCCACUAAUGAAAAAGGAGUGUAGCUCUCUCGCCCCACCCCCUUUUUUAGUUAAUGAAAGUCCCAUAGUUCUGGCAAAUGAAGAGUCACAUUUGAAAAAAUUACUGUACCAAUAUUUUAGGAAAUGUCAAGAGUCCUGGCAGGCCUCUGUGUAACUACACAUGAUAGUGUAGCUGUGUAUCCAUUGAGUGGUCCGGAAGCAGGUGCUGCAGCUGAACUAAGCAGGUGUGGAGCUGGUCAAUCCCUUGUAUGGGAGACCAUUAUAAGAGUCAAGUGAUAAGGAUGGAAUUUUUUAAUAGCAUCAGCAUCAGACAUUUCCUAGCACACCUGAUCAACACUUUGAUGCCUUGAUGUUAUUAGCAGGAAAAAGAGGCUCCUGGUGAGUGACCCAACUACAAAUGCUCUAAAACAGAUUGCUAUUUCUCAGUUUAACCUUGAUUAAAUUUAACCUAGCAGAUGGUGUUGAACUCACCCAGCCUUUUGCAGGUGGCAUCCUGUUUCCUUGUCUGGCCUGGUGUGUAAGUGGGAACCAAUAUUCCACAAACUAUUGGUGUGAUGGCCUCUCUUUUUCUUCCAUAGCCUCAUCCUUACAGUGUACGUUUCUCAGGUGCAAGCAAACAGACACAUCAUUGAAAGGCUCAAGAGGCAACGUGUGCAGGUAAAGUGGUCCUGCAAUGUUACAGAAGGAUGCCAGAUGGCGUGCAAUAACCAUGCACCUCUGGUAACCUGUGACUGUGUGAUGAUCUGUUCUCUGGCCCAUGUAAUGUUAGGUUAUGUAACCUGUUUCUCUUUUUGCUCCUCUGUCCAGUGUGUCAAGGAGAAAUGGUGUUUGGUGAGGAAGCUGGCUCAGCGGCUGGUGAAACAACUGUGAGUUCAGUUGCGGGGGGGAAAGGCCUCCCAGAGGAUGAAAACUUCUGGUGGCAGGGCAACAGGCAGGAAAAAAUGGUCUUGCUCCUGAGGAAAGCAAAGACCACAGAAUGGUCAAAGCAUAUCUGGAUUAAAGAAGCAAGAGAAGCCCCCGAGUGUGAUUUGAACAUUAUAUUCUGGAAGACCUCAUUUUCCUGUGAACACAAGUUGGCUCAUAGAACUACCCUAUCAUACCCUUUAUCUUUUAGAUAGGUACAAUACCCACUUUUUCACUGUGCAUAUAGGUCCCUGGGAUGUAUGUUUGGUACCUAAUAUCAUCUCUUCCCUGUGAGUUGCUGUACCUUAUUUGGCCAACUUCAUGUUAGAACAAGUUCCUGCCGGCCUGAAAAUGUUUUGGGUAAAGAACAAGGUGUAUGGCAAGAAUAUAUACAUCCUUAUCAUGCCAAGGUAAAGGUACCCCUGACCAUUAGGUCCAGUAGCAGACGACUCUGGGGUUGCAGCACUCAUCUCGCUUUACUGGUCAAGGGAGACGGUGUUUGUCCACAGACAGCUUCCGGGUCAUGUGGCCAGCAUGACCAAGCCACUUCUGGUGAACCAGAGCAAUGCACGGAAACGCUGUUUACCUUCCUGCCGGAGUGGUACCUAUUUAUCUACUUGCACAUGACGUGCUUUUGAACUGCUAGGUUGGCAGGAGCUGGGACCGAGCAACGGGAGCUCACCCCGUCGCGGGGAUUUGAACCUUCUGAUCAGCAAGCCCUAGGCUCUGUGGUGUAGACCACAGCGCCACCCACGUCCAAAGUAAUUCUAAUUCAACAAAAAAAUUAAACUGAGUAUGUCACCAGUCCUCACUGAGGUGGAUUGCUUACUAACUAGAUCAUGAUCUUUUGGUAUUGCAAAAUAAAACAAAUGCUUUGUCUAAUAAAUGUCAAGAGGGCAUGGGUAUAUGAGUCGUGUGUUGUACACAAUGUGGAUCAGAUUGACAAUCACAUGAAGAGUUCUGCAUAACUUGGAAGCAUGCAUAGUCCUAAACCAACAUACCUCAAUCUGUCAAAACAGUGGUUUUCAACCAGUGUGCCCUGGGGUGCCUUGAAUGAUGGUCAGGGGUGCCAUGGGCAACACUGCCCCUCUUUCCUUCACUCCCUCCUCUGAUGCCCUCUCACAUUGUGGCUGUUGGUUGCAGUAGGCCUGGCUACAAGCUCCCCAGGGGAUUGGUGCCUCUGGGGCUGACCAGGGGGUGCUUCCCAGGCUCCUGUAGGGCAGUGUGAGGAGGCAUCUCUCUUUAGGACAGGGGAGGCAGCUCAGAGACUGGGGUGGCAGCUGCGGCUUCCAGGAGGACUCCCAAGGAGAGGGGUGAAGAGAGGAGGCUGAGGAAACACUCCAGAAGGGGUGGUGUUUGGAAAGGGGUGAGGGGCUGCCAGCUCUGCAGGAAAGGGGGACAUAACUGGACAUCUGAGCCCCACAGGGGUGCUGCAGAAAGAACGUAGGAAGCCAUGGACCCAAAAAGGUUGAAAACCUGUGUGUUAAAACAUACACUCCCACCAUGUUGCACCUCUCUGUGUCAGAGACAAACUUGGAAACUGCAGUCCAAACCUUUCAUACCUUCCCCUGUGUUUCGUAUCUAUUAGCAACACUCUCCCCACUUAAGACUGUAAACGGCAGAUAUCUUCAUACUAAGUGUACGCACAGUCUUGCCUCUGGCUAGAUGUGAAUUCAUGCUGUUGUCUAAGAUUCAAGCCUCGUGUUCUUUUCUUGCUGCAUGUUGUGUGCAACGCCGGGUUCCUGCAAGUUCGUCCAGUAACUACAGAAUGUAAUGCAUUGUUUAUAAUGUGGCACUCUAAGACUCUCUGAACAGAUAUCUGACAUGUUCUUUACAAAGAAACAGAACAGUAUGGGCAAUGUCUGGAGAGGGCUUAGUUAGGCACAGAUUCCAGCAGUUAGAGGGAUUGGGUGUUCUAUACAGCUAAACCAUUUGUUGCACCUCUCUCUUAAGAACUCUUAUACAAUGUCUUUCCCUCUGCUUUUUAAAUUCACAUUUGCAGUGCUUAUAGUUUGCCCUGCAACAAACUACUAGGCGGUAACCACAUGUGCUCUCAGACCAUUUCAAGAACCAGGGCUUUAAAUGGUUUUGCCUCCAGAGAAGCCAGCCCAGUGAACUCAGAGAUGUCCUAGGGGAAUGUACUAGCAAAAACGACUUAGAGGCACUAAGUUACAUCUUACAAAGAAAAUUAAAUCAGCCUUUCAGGAAACAGCUGCAGAGGAUGUAGGCUAAGGUUUUUUCACCUGACAGCUGACCGUAUCCUUAUGGGUGUCUUUCAACUGUUAAGAGGUGUGAAGGAGAAUUGGGUAUAUAAACUAAGAGAACAACCCAUAAUCCUCUUUUCCACCACAGGAAAUUAUAUGGGGGACAGCCUCACUUGGUGCAGUGUUCUACCAAUAUAGUGCCCCGUUACCUCUGA